UGUGCAUAAAAAAUGCUGUACAGAUCAGAACCUGGUGUGUUUUACAACAACAUGGACUCCGGGCAUGGACUGCAAGAGAAUUAUUGAACAGAUGAUCAAGACGAGGAUUUCUUUGGUUGUUUUCCUGUGUGUAUUCGACUUUUUAAACCCUGUGAUGUUGAGAAUGGAACAGUACCGGUAUACAUUACAGCAUGCAUUGGUAUUGGAGUCGUGGACUCUCAUAAACAGCAAUACAAUGAUCGCAGACAGGCCAAGCCAGGGCAAGGCAACAUUCUCCCAACGCGAAGCGAUGCCUUACUUUGCCGUCUGAACAUAUUAUCAGUAUUGCAAAUAUUCACGAAUUCAUCGAGACGAGGUUAUGAUAAUCCUAGUUAAGUCAUUUUAUCAUCAGGAACUUUAUGCCUAUUUGAAUUAAACUAAGUAAUACCUCUAAAGCCUUGUAAACUAUUUUGCCAGAUACCACAUGGCAAUACUACCAGAUAACAAGUGAGCUCGGGACUGAGCUGAGCUCCCCCCCCCCCCCAUUUUCUUCGAAGAGCUCUCGAGUGUGAGAGCGUGCCUGCUAUACAUCGAAUACGAUGAUGGCCACUGUUGACUUUGAGUCAGAAGACUACAAGAAAUGGAGGGGCUUGUUUGUAAAUGCUCUUCGAAAGAUGAGAAGAAGAAGGGAAAGAACAUUGAGGAUGAGAAGAGCAAGCCGAGAGUGAUCAUUCUAUCUUGCAUCUACUCUGAUCAGAAUGAUUGUAGUUAUAUCUUAGAGAGAGACUUAGAAGAGAUACUGUAUACCAUUGGUGUUCAUCUAUCAAGGGCUCAGGUUCGAAAGCCGUUCAGAAGAUUGUCACCAGAGACUGUUGGAGUUACAGGAAGCUUAUAGAUGGACCUGAGAAGAAAAAAGAUGACACAAUAGAUAUUAAACAUGAACCUCCUGAUCUAGAUCUUUCUAAGGGUAAUCAAGUGAUCCUUGAUAGUAUGACAUCCAAUAAAGAAAGGAUCAAAGACCAUGGCUCCUGAUGGAGUUACCAAUGCAGAACAGUAAUUGACAUUAAUACUAAUCCAUUGGAACAAGUACAGAAGGCUGAUCAAGAGUGAUCUAUGGCAGAGAAGAAGAUUGAAUCUUUGGAGAAACAGAUAGCAGGAUGCUCUCAUUGGCUCAUCCACCUGCUCCAAGAAGCUCAUUGACGUCAUUGGGACCGCUCAGAAAAACCUGGAUGAAAUCAUGCUCAACUUUAACGAGGUCCUGGAGGAAGCCCUGCUGCCCCCUACAGUCAAGAUUCUUGAGGUUAUUGAGAAAGGCAAAGAAGAUAUCAAGGUUAAGACAGAGAGCAAACCUGUUGUUAAAUAAAAAAUCAAAAAGCCCAAGAGUAAAGAAGUAGAGAUUGCAUGGGGUAGUUCAAUACUGUAAGAAAAAGAAAAGGUAAAAAAAAUGUUUUUUAACCUUUAUUCAUAUAAUAUCACGUUUUUCAUACAUGCAAAAGACCCUAGAAAUUAUUAUCUUGAAUAAUCAAUCAUAGAGGUUGAAAUUACAUCACAAAAUAUGUGGGAAAAUGCAUUCAGUGAUGAUUGUAAUACAAAGAAACCAUGAAAACUGUUGAUAAACCCCACAAUACAAUUCAUUUUGAAAAGAAAAACAAUUUAAUCGAUAAAGAUUCUACUAGGUUAGGCCAUCCAUAACUGGACUCAUACUUGUCGUUUUUCAGACUCCUAUUAACAUUUUCAUUAAUUCUAUCUCUAAUUUAUACAUAGAACUUGUCAAAUCAUAUGUUUCGGUAUCAAAAAGUUUAUGUUAAACUAUACGUACAGUUCAUAUUAAAAAAAACGGGACAGUUUUGAAAAGUCUGUAAAAAAUUUGUUUCAAAUUAUUAUAUCAAUAUUUUGAUGUAAAUAGAUGCUCUAAGAUCUUAUUUUUGAAAUGCCAUUAAAAAAUAAAUUUUGUUCAAGCUUGAGCGAACACGGGACGUUUUUGUCAUGGGUUCAAAAAAGAGGUUGCGCUAAAAUGGCAGAAAUAAGAAAUUUGAUGAUUAGACUUUUGGCUAAUCAGCAGACUUCCUCUUAAUCUUUUCAUUAUCUUUGUCAUAAUUUUUUAAUUAUGCUGUCAAAUUUCAUUUACAAAUUUAUUUAUUUACCCUGAAUUAUGUUUUUUUUUCAUUUAAACUUCUUUUACCUUUGAAUUUUCCUUCAUAAGUAAGAAAAGAAGAGACUUUUUGUCAACCCAAGUAAGAAGAUUUGCAUUAUUGGGAGAAUUUAUAAUUAUUCAAAUCCUUUUUAUUAUGUAAAAUAAAUAAUGUUAUGGUAUCUUUAGUAAUUAUUAUGUGAAACAAAUUAUGUUAUGGUACCUAUAAAAGAAAUGAAUCCUAUUUUCAAGGGGUUAUUGAAUCCUUCACCAAGUUAUGUGCUUGACAUGACAAACAGGAAAGGAUUCAUGUCUUUCAAUGGCAAUGGUGUAUUGAGUCAAUUUUGAAGGAGCAAGAUAUGGCAGAUCGGGUAAAAUGUAUUAAAAAGUUGUGAAGCGAGCAAGAACAUUUUUUUAUUAAAAUAUCAAAUUUUGUGAUUUUGACAUAAUCAGAAAAUCAUAUCAUUUUUCUUUUUCUAUGUUUUCUGUUAUUUUCAUUUCCACUUUUUUUUUCCUUGGUCAUAAUUUUUUUAUUUGGGGGGGGGGGGGGGGAGCACCCCGAGCCCCCAGCCAUCAGUAUGCCACUGUUCAAAGGCACCAUAACCUUUGUAGCACACAAUGAAAGGAUUUGAAAAAAAACACCCUCUCCCAUACUCCCCCAUACUUUGGUUAAAAAAAAUGUUCUUGCCUAAACAAUAUUCAAAGCUAAAUGAGAACAUAUUAAAAAGGAACAACAACAGAACUAUUCAAGCAAAUAAUUAGAUUUGAAAAUGAAUUUUGGCACAUAAUUCGAGAAUUAUGGCAAAGAUAAUGAAAAUGUUAAGGUCGAGGAAGUCUGCAGAUUAGCAAGAAGUCCAACCAUCAUCAUUUUAUGCCAUUUUGGUGCAAGCCUCCUUUUUAACCCCAGACAAAAACAUUCCGUGUUCGCUCAAGUAUGAACAAAAGAAUAUUAUUUUAAUGGCAUUUAAAGGAUAAGACUCCAGAGCACGUAUUGACACCAAAAUAUAGAGAUCAUAAUUUGAAACAAAAAAUUUAUAGAUUUUUCAAAUCUGUCCCGUUUUUUUUAUACGUAUUGAAUUUUGAUGAUGUGUAUCUGUAUGAUUAGUAAAAUUUUACAAACCGUUAUGGUUUACUUUCGUAAACUAUUAAAAUUGGAUACCCUUCUCAAUGUCCACAUGUGAUUUUUUAGUCAUGAUAUGAAUUGUUCAUAAUUUAAUUUUCUCAGCAAUUGAAUGCUCCAGUCUUCAUGGUCUAAGUAUAUACGAUGCAUAAUAUACCUGUGCUAUUAUUUUGAAAAGAGGUAUUUCCCAAUUCAUCACAUUAUCUGCAAUUUUGUCAUAAUUUUUCUUUUUGAAAAUAAUGCUAUUUUGUAACUAAAGCUGUCUGCUCAUUUUACUGAUAGUGUCGAUAUCAAGGUAUUCUAGUUAGGAAGCCUUUUGUGAAACAGAUUUAGUAAGAUUGGAACUAACUCAGUGGUUGAUGGAUAAAGAUAUGACUAACUUGUCAAGGUGUUGAGAAACGGGCCCCAGCGGUGCUAACCAUUAGUUGAAUUGCCAAAUAUGCUUUGACAUUGUCAGUAAGAUAAUGAUUGGUAUCACUUUUUAUUUCAUCCUGAAUAAACUGUUAAAAAUGCUUUCCCCACCCAAAUUCUUGUUUUAUCCCAAAAUCUAUAAAUUGUUUGCUAAUGUUUUGCCCCAUGAUGUAUGAGUAAGAUGGUGCUGUUACUUGUGAAUCCAUACCAGUUCAAGGCAAACUUACUCUGUUUGGGGUUUUUGUUUGUUUGUUUUUUGCUAAUUAUUGACUAUAUAUGAAAAUGUCUUUUCUUAUACAGGAAACAUUGCAAACUGAACAUCAAGAUAAAUUUUAUUUGCUUUAGUUCAAUCUCUGUAGCCACUAGGAUAUUGUACUGUACAAUCAUAUUCUCACACUGUCAGCUAUUACACAUUCAAUGACAUCCAGGGAUGAUCUUAGUUACCACUUCCUAUUAGCAAUACAAGUAACUCUGCCUAAGUCAAAUCUCUUGGGACCAAAUAAUAAUCAAUAUGUUCGACUUAGGCAAAAUUCAACUGAAAAGAGGUAUGUAACACAUUUUGAAUCUGAUCUAAAAGAUUGCUUUGACUUAGGCAGAGUUACCUGUAUAUGAUACUUUGCUCAUUAUUGUAACCCUGUUAAAUGAUAGAGACUUUCUAAGUUGCAUGACAUGUAAUAAUUACAUUUUCACUAUUCAAUUCAAUCGGAUUGCAUUUUUGUCUCACCUGUGAACUAGAGUGAGACUAUAGGUAGGGGAAGGCGGGGUAAGUUGAGCAUAGGGGCAAGUUGAGCCACCACCCCCAGGCUAAUAAUGAAUGAGUCAGAUAUUGUGGUGGUGUCAUUUAUUGAUGACCCAUUGCAUAACCCUCAACCCCACCACAUUGUUUUCAACUUUGAAACAAAAAAUACUUUUUUAGAGGGAAAAAUACAAAUUUCAGCCAAAAAAGUAAAAAAGGGUUUGAAAUAGAUAAGUACUUUUUACCCACACACGUCUUUAAAUAUAUUAUAGAAAUAAGAACAAUAUUGUUAGUCCAGGUAUGGAUUCUCACUCUUGUCAUAGUCUUUUACAUGAUGGAUGCAUAAGAAAUGUAUGGAUGUGAAAAUAUCACAAAAAGUUCGGACGGGGCUAAUUUAAGCCAACCAACAUGGGGCAAGUUGAGCCAUGGUAACUCUUAUGGUAAUAUAUAAUAAAAAAAUUAAAAAACAUAAAAAGCCAUUGAUAUGCAGACAGAAAGGAGCAAAUUCACAUGACAGUUCUUUUACUGUUAGAAGAUGUUAGUAUUUAUAGAGAAUUAGCAAGUGAAAAGACUUUAAAUGAAAAAUUGAUAUCCUGGUUCUCCCGCAUACAUUUUGUACAUAGUUUUUGUGGCUCAACUUACCCCAGACGGUGGCACAACUUACCCCACAGAUGAGGCAAGUUGAGCCAUUUGACAUCAGUUUUUUCAAAGGUCACAAUGAUUUUCAGUGUGGUGGUAGAAAGAUAUAUAUAGGUGAAAAAUAUUUCCCAAGAAUCAAAUUGAAAGGCAAGGUACUUAUUUCUACAAUAUUACUAGUCAUAUCAAUUCUAACAUGCAAAAUGCAAAAAGUGUCACAACUUACCCCGCCUUCCCCUACCGUUUUUUCCGACGGUGGCUGCGGCGGCGUCAACACCAAAUCUUAACCGAAGGUUAAGUUUUUGAAAUGACAGCAUAACUUAGGAAGUAUAUGGACCGAGCUCAUGAAAUUUGGCCAUAAGGUUAAUCAAGUAUUACUAUAGAUUCUGCUUUAGUUUCAGGUCACAUGACGGAGGUCAAAGGUCAUUUAUGGUCAAUGAACUUAGACCAUGUUGGGGGAAUCAACACCAAAAUCUUAACCUAAGGUUAAGUUUUUGAAAUGACAGCAUAACUUAGAAUAUAUCUGGACCUAGUUCAUGAAACUUAAACAUAAGGUUAAUCAAGUACUAUUGAACAUCUUGCUCGAGUUUCAUGUCACAUGACCAAGGUCAAAGGUCAUUUAUGGUCAAUGAACUUUAGCCAAAGGUAUCUGUUGAAUUACCAUAACUUUAAAAGUUUAUGGAUCUGAUUCAUUAAACUUGGACAUAAUAGUAAUCAAGUAUCACUGAACAUCCUGUGCGAAUUUAAGGUCACAUGACCAAUGUCAAAGGUCAAUGAACUUUGGCCAAGUUGGGGGUAUCUUUUGAAUUACCAUCAUAACUUUGAAAGUUUAUAGAUCUGAUUCAUGAGACUUGGACAUAAGAGUCAUCAAGUAUCGCUGAACAUCUCAUGCGAGUUUCAGGUCACAUGACGAAAGUCAAAGGUCAUUUUAGGUCAUUGAACUUUGGCCAUUUUAGAGGUAAUUAUUUGAUUGCUGUCAUAACUUUCAAAGUUUAUACAUACACUGAUACAGUGUACAAAAGGUGGAUAUAAGGAUAAUCAAGUAUCACUGACAAGUUUUAGGUCACAUGAUCAAGGUCAAAUAUCAAUGAACGUAGUAUUGUAUCAUUAUAUGAAUGUUUUUUCUUGUGAAUAAUUAUUUUAAAGUAGUUUUCAAAGUCAGCACUGCUGCUAAAUAGAAUCACGUGAUGCAGGUGAGACCGCCAGAGGCAUUCCACUUGUUUGACCCUUUGAAAGCAUGUGUGGUUAUUUGUUGGAAGUACCAAUUUUUCUGUAUGUAACUUACAUUUAAACUUGGAUAUUGUUGAUUACGGUACUGCUUAACAUUCCAAUAUUUUAACAUUUAUUUUUAUGGAUGUCUUAUCAAAGAUGAGUUUACCCUAUCUUAACUGGGCUAUUUCGGACCAGCGGUCAAUUUGACCCCCCCCCCCCCCCUCAAAUCUUGGCCGCGAAAAUUUGCAAGCACGUAGAGCCAGAUUUAAACUACAAGAGUGUAUAGAAACUUUUUCAAUUUUUUUUUUUUAAAUAUCUCUUAUUGACUAAUCAUGCAAAUAAGCAUAUGAAAUUUGCCAUAAAUUUCUUUUUUGUGUAUGUGUAUGUAUUUGCCUUUAACUCAAGUUAUAUAGCUAGUAGAAUGCUAAUUUUUGGUGGGAGUAUCAAUUAUUACAUUUCUAACAAAUGUCUACAAAAUAUAGUAAAAAUA